CCGGCGCGCGGGAUCGCGGCGGCCGCGGCAGAUCCCGAGAUUUUCUCUUCCCGGCCCGGCCUUGUCUGGGUCGCCGGGGGCUGCCGGGCGGAGCUCCAGGAUGUGGAAGCUGGUGCCCGCCUCGGGAAAAGGGGAGCCAUAUCGGCUUUUAAGCGGUGUAGAAUAUAUUGUUGGACGCAGAAACUGCACAAUUUUAAUUCAGGAUGAUCAGUCUAUCAGUCGAAGUCAUGCAGUUCUGACCGUAAGUCGGCCUGAAACAAGCCCUAGUCAGUCUCUCUCAGUACCUAUAUUAACAGUAAAAGAUACAUCCAAGUAUGGUACUUUUGUUAAUGGAUCAAACCUCAAUGGUACUUCAGUGUCUUUGCAGUCUGGUGACAGAAUCAACUUUGGAGUCUUUGAGAGCAAGUUUAGAGUGGAAUAUGAACCUUUGGUUGUUUGCUCCUCAUGUUUAGAUGUAGCUCAGAAAAAUGCUUUAAAUCAAGCCAUCCAGCAGCUUGGAGGCCUUGUAGUGAAUGAGUGGACAAAAGAAUGUACCCACCUUGUAAUGGUAUCAGUGAAAGUUACUGUUAAGACUAUAUGUGCUUUGAUUUGUGCUCGACCAAUUAUAAAACCAGAGUUUUUUCCUGAAUUAAUCAGAGCUAUUCAGUCCAGGCAACAGUUGCCAAAUCAUGAAAGCUUUUAUCCUCCAGUUGAUGAGCCUUCCAUUGACAGUGAAAACUUGGAUUUAUCUGAGCAUCGUGAAAGGAAAAAAAUAUUCAGAGGAAAAACUUUUGUAUUUCUAACUGCUAAGCAGCACAAGAAGCUGGGUCCAGCAGUUGUUCUUGGCGGAGGGGAAGUAAAGCUGAUGACAGAAGGAAGAAAAGAAAUGCCUUUACUACUUUCUCCUGAAGUUUGUGUAGUUGAUGUGGGUUUGGCAAACUCUCAGAUCUCAGGAUCUGACUCUAUGACAAACUGGACUGAUUCCAUUCUGACUGUCUUGGAAAGCAAGAAUCUUAGGGCUAUUCCAGAGGCAGAAAUUGGAUUGGCAGUUAUCUUCAUGUCUACAGAAAAAUACUGCAACCCUCAAAAGCAGCAUGCUUUCAAAGCUGUACCUGAAAGUUCUGCAUCAGCUGUUGUAGGCCAAGCCAUUUCCCAGAGUCUGGCUGUGGAUGAAACCAUAAUGCCAACUGCUGCAGAUAGCAGCACCUUAUACAUAGCUGAUACAGAAGAGCAGACAUGUAUGGAGUUAGAGAAUACUUCCCAGGUGCAUCAGCAAAGGAAAACGGCUUUCCAGGAUACAGCUGCCAAAAAGAAAAGCAGUGGCACAAGUGGCAGUGUAAAUGCAGGAACAUCAAUACCUAGAGGGAACAGAACUUCUGGGUUCAGUCAAAGAAGUCAGCCUGUCUCACCAUCUAAAAUUUCAGAAGCUGGCAAACCUCGUGAGAGUACUUCACGUCACCAGUCAAACUCAAUUACAAAUUACUUCCAGGUUUCUAGAAAAAGGGAAAGAGCUGAAGAAGAUGAAACAUCUGUACCCAAACUAGCAAAAUUGGAGGAAAGGUCAUCGCCUCUUCCCAAGUGCACUGAAUCUACAACUUCAUUGAUCUGCAGCAGUGAAGCAAAACAGCAUCAAAAGAAAAAUAACAUCCUUGACUCAAACCCAAAUUUUGCAGAAGACAUGGGUAUAAAGCCUAUGAGGGAAAGUGUCAAACUAACAAGUGAUAGAACAGACACUGAAACCACUUCUAGUGAAAAUCAUGCACCAAAAAAGAGAAAGGAAUUAGAUGAUUUAUCUAAAGAUACAGAAGCUCUAGAAAUUGUGUUUGGAAGUGAAGACAUAGACUGGGAAGAUCAAAUGGCAGAUCAUGACCAGGAAGCUCAAAGCAGUAAACGAAAAAAACAAUGUUUGGAAGCCAAAGGAAGCAGGUUUCCAGAAGUAAGUGUAAAUCAUCAAGAGGAGAAUAAAGUAGUGAAAGAAGAGGAACUUGGAUCAGUUCUAACUUCAGAAAUGGAAAGUAAUAUCAAGGAAGAGUCUCCAGUCUUGAACCACAGCAAACUGCAAGAUGACUCCAGCAAUCUUCCUAGCAGGCUUCUGUUGACAGAGUUUAGAUCACUAGUUGUCAGCCGUCCAAGACAGAACAGUCAUCUCCCUGGAAAUACCAGCUAUGGAGGAAAGAAAAAUUUCAAAAUGUUCAAAAAGGUAGCUUACCCUGGGGCAGGACAACUUCCACACAUUAUUGGAGGAUCAGAUUUGAUUGCUCACCAUGCUAAAAAGAAUUCAGAGCUAGAAGACUGGUUAAGGCAAGAAAUGGAGGAACAGAACCGACAUGCAAGAGAAGAAUCACUUGCCGAUGAUCUCUUUAGAUAUGAUCCUAAUGUGAAAAGAAGAAGAUAAUUUAUAACCUGGAUUUACAGUGUUUCUCUGGCAAAACCUGGUUUCUGUUCCUUAGGUUUCCUGGUUACAGCGUGUAUGAUGUUCCUAUAUAUGACCAUUUGAAUAUCUCUUAUUGUAAGACAUAUUUUCUAAGUCUUGCUUUUAUUAAAAAAAAAAAAGAAAA